AUGGAGUACCAUCAUCGUCAUAUGGAGCAGCCACCGUUGCAGGGUCAGACGCAGCCCCCCCAAUGGGGGUACGGCUGGGGCCCACCGGCUGCCCCGGCGCCGCCUGCGCCAGCGCAAAGGAAUAAAAGGACACAUUCAGAAAGUGAAGACGAUGCAUUCUCUGAAGAAAGCAGUAGUAAAGAUGCGCAGUCACCGGGUGGCGACUCGUGUCAGCUGAUGACGCGAAAACGCAGGCGCGGUGUGAUUGAGAAGAAACGCCGGGAUCGCAUCAACACCUCGCUGACGGAGCUGAAGAGGCUAGUCCCUGCUGCUUGUGAGAAGCAAGGCAGCGCUAAACUAGAGAAAGCGGAAAUCCUGCAGCUAACUGUGGACCAUCUGAAGAUGCUGCAUGCUAAAGGACUGGACACGUUCGCUUACGACCCCCAGAGAUACGCCAUGGACUAUCACAGCAUAGGCUUCAGGGAGUGUGCGGCCGAAGUAGCGAGAUACCUCGUGAGCUGCGAAGGCCUCGACAUUCAAGACCCGCUGCGGCUGAGGCUCAUGAGCCACUUGCAGUGCUUCGCAGCGCAGCGAGAAUUGGCAGCGAAAUCAGCUAAUUGGGGGUACCCUCAGUACCCGUCGACGCCGGUUCCGCCGCAGCCACAGCACGGAUAUACGGAGCUGGGGCACAGACAGGAUCCAGCGACGUCGACGGCGGCGACAGCUGUGUCAGCGCCGGCGAUAGCGCCUCUCUCCGCACCACCUAGUUACCCUCACUAUCCUCCAGGACCCCCGGCGCCACCAGCCCCACCAGGCCCCCAUGCAGCACCCCCUGCACCCCACUACCCUGCGCCAUACCCCCACCAUCCACCACAUCACCAGUAUUCGCAGAACAGCUCGAAACCCUACAGACCGUGGGGUGCAGAGCUGGCGUACUAG